AAGUUGACAAUCAAGCGCGUCAUGCCUCUUGGAAGCAGCGCAAGCUCAUGGCUUCAGUUUGAGUAGUUUUGUAACCUUUCAUUUUCCCAUCUUUAAAUACCUUGUUCCUUCCUCUAACUGCUUCUUCACUUCUCACUCCCAGUCUUUUCAUUUCAUUUAUUGCUGCUUAUCUUCUCAAACUCACCAAGUCUGCUCUCUGAGUAUGAACACGCACUGUGACAUCGUUGAAACUUCAAAGUCCAAAAGCAGAAUUUGUCAACACCUGCGGCCCUGUCAUCUCCUAUUGGCCCUCUCCCAUGCUCAAGCUUUCUGUACUCAGAAUGUCACAGAUUAUUGAUUAUUCAUAAUAAGAUCAUAAGGCCAAAAGUAACAAGGGGACCCAUUUCAAACUCAGAUCUGUGAAUCCAGUUCACAACAUUUGUUCCCUCUUUCACCGUGAAGCAUUUGCAGUCAUUUUCUUCUUCCCUUGGGCGUUGCGCUCAGCACUUUGUGGAACCCCGUUUCUGAUAAAUAGCGUUUCCCAUAGAAGUGUAGCUUUCAUGGCGUCGACGAGUGCUUGGUAAUUUCAAAGCUAGCUCGCAUUGAUUGUCUCGCCCCUUCCUAGUUCUUACCCCCCUCUACCCGUGUUCUUCUGGACGACCUUUGUCUUCUUCCCUUUUUCUGGUCUCCCUCGUUGUCUCUUUGAAAAGAAAUGAUAAAACCUUGGCUCUCUCUCUUCUUUCUUCUCCUCAUUGAAGUUAGGGAUUUUGUAUGGAAUGGCCUGAGCUACUUCCGGAUCUCCGCUUUUCGGUGUUCUACUGACUGUUGAAGAUUUUAACUGAGAGUCGCUGUUCAUUGAAGGUGACAACUCCUCGUGAAGGCGUGCAUUGAUAAGUGGUUUUGUUGCAUCGUUUGUGAAGGAAAGAUCCAAAAUUUUCCGAUUAUUCCGAAGAUGUUGUGUGCUUGUUCCGGGGAGCAAUUCAAAUUCGAAGACCCGCCACAGUCACCGGAGUCCCUCGCAACAAGAGAUUUCUCGGCCAGUGGACUCUCUUCGAGGACUGGGGAUUGGGAAUCUAAAUUUGAUGACACCCAAGUAGACGAAGCUGAAUCUACUCUUAAAGAAGCUCUCUCCUUGAACUACGAGGAAGCUAGGGCUUUGUUGGGGAGGCUUGAGUUCCAAAGAGGGAAUUUCGAUGCUGCUCUUCAGGUAUUUCAGGGGAUUGACACUAAAGGUUUGACCCCAAGGAUGAUUAGGGCCAUUUCUGAGAGAACCAGGCAAAGAAAACAACGUUCUAAGGCCGAUCACUUGCUUCCCUCUAUAAUGUCAAUGCAUUCAGUGAGCCUUCUUCUUGAGGCUAUUCUUCUUAAAGCUAAAUCAUUGGAGGCACUCGGACGUUACACCGAAGCCGCAAAGGAGUGCAAAAUAAUUCUGGACACGGUUGAUUCUGCGCUACCAGCUGGAAUGCCUCAAGGUUUUGGCGAAGAUUGUAAACUGCAAGACAUGUUUCACAGAGCAUUGGAGUUACUUCCAAAACUUUGGACCAAUGCAGGCUUGCUAGAUGAAGCUAUCACUGCUUAUCGGCGGGCUCUGAUCAAGCCUUGGAAUUUGGGGCCGCAAAGGCUGGCCACCAUGCAAAAAGAUUUAGCUGUCACACUCCUUUAUGGUGGUGUUGAAAUAAGCCUUCCCUCUCAUUUGCAUGUGUGGGGUGUAACAACGCCGAAGACUAACAUUGAAGAAGCUUCCCUGUUGUUGCUAGUACUUAUGAGAAAGAUAGCACUUCAGGAAAUCGAAUGGGAUUCCGAACUAUUAGAUCAUCUUGCAUUUGCACUUUCAGUUACUGGGAUGUUUGAAUCAUUGGCAGAUCACAUGGAGCAGAUCCUUCGAGGUGUCUAUAGCCGUGCUGAGAGGUGGUACUUUCUUGCCCUUUGUUAUAGUGCUGCAGGACAGAAUGAAACAGCAUUGAACCUUCUAAUGAAAGUUUGUGGUAGUUCUGAAGCAAAACAUAGACCCCAUUUUCCUUCCUUUUUAUUUGGAGCAAAACUGUGUUCCCAAGAUCCCAACCAUGCGUAUGAAGGCAUUAAAUUAUCACGGACAGUGAUUCAUCUAGCCAAGCAUCAAUGUGAGCAUUUUCAGGGUCAAGGUCACAGAUUUCUUGGUGUUUGUUACGGGGCUGCAGCUAGAAUUUCUGUCCUGGAUUCUGAAAGAGUUAUAUGCCAAAGAGAGUCUUUGAAUUCUUUAAACCAAGCUGCUUCAAUUGGAAAUAGCGACCCAGAAGUGUUAUUCAGCCUUGGAUUGGAAAAUGCAGUUCAAAGAAAUCUGAUGGCAGCUUAUGAGAAUGCAGUGAUGUACUCAGAUUUGAUCGUUGGCAGCUCAGGAAGAGGUUGGCAACUGUUAGCACUCAUAGUAUCUGCACAGCAACGGUUUAAGGAUGCUGAGACUCUGGUUGAUUUUGCUUUAGAUGAAUCUGGAAGGAUGGAUCAGUUACAACUUUUAAGAUUGAAAGCCGUGCUUCAAAUUGCUCAGCAGCAACCUAAACAAGCAAUAGAGACCUACAGAAUCUUGCUUGCACUAAUUCAAGCAAGAAAGGAUUUUUGGCUUGAAUACAAAAACAUCGAUCCAGCAAACACGUUGAGACAUGAGGAAUCAACAGAAAAAAAAUUGGAAAUGGAAGCCUGGCAGGAUUUGGCAACCAUUUAUGCCGAUCUAGGUGCCUUGCUUGAUGCAAAAACUUGUGUAGACAAAGCCCAGUUGAUAGAAUUCUUUUCUCCCAGAAGUUGGCAUAUCACAGGGACAUUGUUUGAAGCUAAAUCAUUGUACAAGGAGGCCAUUGUCUCUUUCACAAUUGCAUUAUCGAUAGAACCAGAUUAUGUUCCCAGCAUCAUUUCAACUGCAGAAUUGUUUUUGAAAGCUGGUAUGCAAUCGCUUCCAAUCGCAAGAAGCUUUUUAAUGAACGCUCUGCGUUUGGAACCCACAAACCAUGAUGCGUGGUUCAACCUUGGAUUGAUUUCAAAAAUGGAGGGUUCAUUGCAGCAAGCAGCAGAUUUCUUCCAAGCUGCAUAUGAGCUGAAGCUUUCAGCGCCAGUUGAAAGAUUUGUGGGAGUAAUUGACACUUCGAGAUGAGAGAACACCUGUAACUGAUUUGGUCGAGAGAAAGUGAGUUUCAUCAAUAGCAUAAUAGAUACUUGUUCAAUAUGUAUAGCAAUUCUAGCUGCUCAUCUGUAGAUCUACUUCAUGCUGCUUCAAUCAAAUGUCUCACACAUUUCACAGUUGAAUUAAAACAGGAAGACGUAAUACAUUUAUAGACUGAGUAAAUUUUGCUUUAA